GGGGAGUUGUUGAGCCCAUGUCGAUGUGACGGAUCGGUGAAAUGCACGCACCAGCCGUGUCUGAUCAAAUGGAUUAGCGAGAGAGGCUGCUGGAGCUGUGAGCUGUGUUACUACAAGUAUCACGUCAUUGCCAUAAGCACAAAGAACCCUCUGCAGUGGCAGGCCAUCUCUCUGACAGUCAUUGAGAAGGUUCAGAUAGCAGCGGCCAUCUUGGGUUCCCUCUUCCUCAUCGCCAGUAUCUCGUGGCUCAUCUGGUCAACCUUCAGUCCUUCGGCCAAAUGGCAGCGCCAGGACCUGCUCUUCCAGAUCUGCUAUGGAAUGUAUGGCUUCAUGGACAUUGUCUGUAUAGGUCUAAUAAUACACGAAGGGCCCUCGGUUUACCGGAUUUUUAAACGGUGGCAGGCGGUCAAUCAGCAGUGGAAAGUGCUGAACUAUGACAAAACAAAGGACAUGGAGGAACAAAAAACAGGGACCAGGACAAAUCAGCGCCCCUCCUCCCAAACCACCCACUCGUCCUCCACUGGUGGUACAGCCACUAACUCCGCUCCAGCCGACAGCGGGGCCCGGGCUGCCGGCCAUGCCACAGGCACCCUCUCUGACCACCACUGUGCUUACACCAUCCUGCAUAUACUCAGCCACCUGAGGCCUCACGAACAGAGGAGCCAGUCUAGUAGUAACAGAGAGCUCGUCAUGAGGGUCACGACGGUCUGAGCCUAGGAAUUCAGGAGGCCUUAACACGAAGCGGAGGAGACAAAGAACUCAUAAAGCAGAGGAGCAUGGUGUGCCUUUUUCUUUCUCUUUCUUUUUUUUUUUCUUCCUUCUUUUCUUUUUUGGUAACUGCACAAGAUAUAAGAGGCGGCACUUGGCCAGCUGAGGAAAAAACAGGUGGAGGGAGAGCUGCACACUCAUGCUAAAGAGGUUAAUGUUUUCCAGCCAGUAAAAAAACCACAAAUCACAAAAAAAAACAACAAAACAAGUGCAAUACAGACUAAAAACUGAGUAGGCAGAGUUCUGAGGAAGCAGAGGAACAGACAGCUUAGUAUGUCUUUCAAAUUUUAUUACCUGGAAUAGGUAAUGCUGUACACACACACCCCGUACACACACACACGCAUACACACACACAAGUGUGAGAUUUAUAAAAACAAUGAAGGGAAUGAAAUAUUUGGGAUAUUUUUUUUCCAGACUGUGAUUAACCAGGGCUAUGAGUCGUUUUGUUUCAUGAGUCAUUCUGGAACCUUGUUCAAUUUACCAUAGGAUAUUCGAAGCGAAAUGGCUGGGGAUUUUUCAGUAUUGAUUUA